AGUUGCAUCUGCAGCGAAGCUGCCUUCCGUUGAUGUUUUUUCCUGCUCUCCCACUUUCAGCGUUCAUUUGGUUCCCCGGUACUGUGAAGCAUCAACGGAUAGUGCUCCACUGCACGAGAGGCAAACAAGCGAACAAGGCUUUCGUUUCCACUUGAUGGAGAGUGCUGUAGGACGGUACUCUUCGGGGUAGGUGCGUCUAUGCCGAGCAUGUAUGGCGCUCUCUGCGUGAAGGGCGUGGGGGCGUCUAUGAGAAGGACUUCUCACCUCAGCACCUCAACGACAUCUCUUUUACGACGUUCACUUGGGCCGUCGUCAGCGGUCCUUGGUGCGCUCCAUGGUCAACGAAGACCGUGCCACGGCACAUCGACUCCGCGUAACUUCGAGGUGAUAAUCGCCAAGGGUGAGCGCUUGACGGGAAAGCCUUCAUCGUCGCCAGCACCCAACUUACCCUCCUCCGUUGAUGAAAGAAAGAGCUGCCGUCCGUGUCCACACGAUGGUGCCUGUCCAACGGCCGCCAUUCUCGUGGACACGGACGGCGACGCGAACGUGUCUCUCGCCUACUGCGCCACCUUCGUACACGACACGGUGCAGGCACACCUUCGCGUCCUGCUCGUCGAGCAGCUUUUGGCGCCGCUGCUUACGAACGACUUUCACUUCGAAGUCGACCGAUCCGAGGAGCAGAAGAAGAUGGGGGAGGAAGAGACGAGCUACGCGGCGGUAGAGGCGCUUGCCAUCACCACGCUGGCCGUGCACAACGCGUUGCACAGCUUUCGCCACGUCGCCUUUUCCUCGAUGGCGGGACCGCCGCUGCCGCCGCACCGCAGUUGGCACCCGCUCUGGGCGGCUUAUCGGUCGCACCUCUUGCGCAGCCCACACACAGCGCCGUCACCUGGCGUACUGGCAGAGACCACUUCAGCCGGGAAAACAGCAGGAGGAGACACCGCUGCUGCGGCCUCCACGGCGCGCCUGAUGGACCCUGCGGCUGUGCAGCGGAAGUUUGGCGAAGCAAAACCCCUCUUCGGCGCGGCUGGGCGCGGAACCUUUUUUCUCGUGGCGAUACCGCCGACAGAGGAGGACGGCGACGCAGCGGACGCUUCCGCUCCUUCUUCUUACGCUGCCUCAGGGGCGGAGCACGUACAUCUGAGCCACCGCCGGCACCAUGAUAGCCGGGCGGCCGCGGUGGGCCUUGCUGGUGUGCCCUCGUCUUCGUCGAAGACACCGCCGUCUUCUGUCAGCUCGCUUUGGGAGUGUUUCCGCGUGGACGCCUACGUGCCGGCGAGUGUGCAGAUGCAGGCGGCGGUGCGGCAUUUACUGCGAGAGCGGCGGCCGCGGUCGAUGUACCAGCCGGAGACGGUCGACAAGGAAGGCAUUCCCAUAGACCAACGGAACCCCGUGAAGCUGUCUGCACGUCCGUUGGCGGUCAUCGCCCUCGUCGUUCCAGACACCCUCGUGGGGGCGUACACCGCUUUUCUGCAGCGUCUCGAGCACGAGCGUGCCGACGUGCGUGGGAGGACAGGCGGGGGCUCCGUGCAGCUUCUCCUCUUCAACAGUGCCGAGCUUGUGCGUGUCUGCCACGCCGCCUGA